AUGUUACUGUCUGUUUUCGGCAACGAAGCGCCACAUCAGUCGACAAUUUCCCAUUGGUAUGGAGAAUUUAAACGUGGACGGGUGAGUCUUAGCGACGAUCCCAGGGUGGGUGCACCAAAAAUGGCAGUCACUCAGGAGAACGUCGAUUCUGUGCGCAAACUCGUCAUUGACGAUAGACAUGUGACAUAUCGCGAGAUCGAGGCGUCCUUGAAGAUCUCAAAGACCUCAAUUCAAAAAAUUUUACAUGAAAAAUUAGGCGUAAGAAAAUUAGCUUCUCGUUGGAUACUGGUGACUGAAGAGCAGAAAGCAGCCAGGGUUGAUUGGUGUCAAAAAACGCUUGACCGUUUCAAUUCCGGAAACUCAAAGUAUGUGUACAGCAUUGUUAGUGGUGAUGAAUCGUGGAUUUACUGUUAUGAACCAGAAAAUAAACGACAGUCGGCUCCAACAAAAGUCAUCCGUUCUCGAAGUGUUUCGACAAUGAUGGUCGCGACAUUUGUGUCAAAAGCGGGUCAUAUUGCAACAAUUCCUCUUAAUGAGCAAAGAACUGUUACUGCGGAUUGGUAUACCACCAUUUGUUUGUCAAAAGUCAUCACCGAACUUCGAAAAAUCAACCCCGAAAGAAAAAUCAUCCUCCACCAAGACAAUGCAAGCUCGCACACAGCCCAAGAAACAAGGCAGUAUUUAACGGAAGAAAACGUUGAAUUAUUGGACAUCCUCCAUAUAGUCCCGAUCCCUAACGAUUUCUUUACUUUCCCGAAAAUUAAAAACAGACUGCAUGGUCAAAGGUUCCAGUCACCAGAAGAAGCAGUUGACGCAUUCAAAAAUGCCGUUUUGGAUCUGCCAGCAAACAAGUGGAAUAAGUUCUUCGAAAAUUGGUUCGAGCGCAUGCAGAUGUGUAUUAAUCUUCGUGGAGAAUACUUCGAAAAACAAUAA